AUGCGCUGUUUGUGGUUGUCCUGGUGCCUCCUGACCUGGCUCGCCGCCAUGCUCUGCACGGCCGGCUGCCUGCUGCCCUACUGGCUCAAGGGGACCGUCUUCCUGCCCGGCCCCUUGGGCCUCGACGACCCCAGCAGCGACGGCGAGAGGCGCCCCGAGGCGGAGGCAGAUGCGUCGUCGCCGACCGUCGCCGAUGGCAACGUCAGCGGCCAGAAGCGCGGCGUCGCCCUGCACAUCGUCAGUCAGAAUCCCGCGGAUCUGGGCCUGUUCCGGCGCUGCGGCUAUCCGGCCUACGCAAACUCCUCCUCGGCCAGGGUCGAGCCCACGAGGCUGGGCACGGUCGACACUCCCGUCGCACUGGUCGCCUGGCAACCGGGCUGUGGGCACUACGUCAACCUGGGCGGCAUUCCCCACCUGGCCUGGAGGAUUUCUCUCUUCUGCCUCGCCUCGGCGUGCACGCUGCUCUUCUUCGUCACCUUUUUCCUCUUCUUCGCCGGCUUCGCCGUCUACCUACUCUACUUUCCUGUCGUCUACCUCUCCUGCCAGGCCUUGCAGUUCGUCUCCGGUGAGUCCCCGCCCCUCUUUUAG